AUGGUCACAUUCCUCCAAUCGCAUCGGCACCCAGAUGCUCUAUAUUCGACUUCGGGGCCAUACCACAAGCUUAAGGACGAGAUAAGUGCUGAGGCCGAAUCGGUACCAUUAACCUCUUUUGACAGCAUUUCCCGAGCCUCCCCUGGAGAGCGCAAAGAUUCCCAUUUCACAUCCACUUCGGCUUCUGACUCGAACAAGUUUGUGGUCACAACAGGAUGGACAUUUUCCCUCUGUAUACUUCUUCUCAACGGAAUCAUAUCAACCUGCUGGGGAAUAGCACUUUUCAUUUUCUCACUAGGUGUCGUUCCCAUUUACUACAAUCUUUCCCUACUUGGGAAGCAGCACCCAGAUGUCACGAACAUUGUCAUCGCGUUGGUUGCAGCAAUUUCUACGAUGCAUAUAUCCUACAUUGUGCAGCAGAUUCCAGCCCAUUACUCGCAUUGCCUGCUCGUUGAUGGAUUUACACUGGGUCAUAUACGGUGGAUGCAAGGCGUGCAGCAAGUAUCCAUCUUUACGAGGUUCCCGGAUCGAAAAAACGGAGGAAGGUUCACCAGAUUCUUCACAAGGAAGCAAAUCUUUUGGUUAGUAGCCUACUUCGGCAUCGCUUUUCAUACUUCUUCGUUAGUCGCCAUUCUACAACCAGAGAUAUUCUACAAAAAUGUGAUGUUCAAUGAUGCAAUUCCUUGUGGGCUGAGCCUCAACAACCUAACUCUUGAAAGGGACCCAUUUUUGUCCGACGAUCAACAAGAAAUAGUCGACUCGUUCUCUUUCAAUAUCGGCACAAUGCUUAUCAACUACGGUGAACAACUCAAUGGGAACACCACAACUACCAUCGCGGGCCGGGUGUAUCGGAAAGACAACUACGCAUACGGAGCCAUUGGUGGUCUCGAGAACGGCCUUCAACAAGUGCCAGGCGUCCUUUUCAACGCGUCGUGUUCCCAAGAUAACCCAACUGAAGGCCUGAGGUUAUGGCAAUCAGUUUUUCCUAAUAGGUCGCUCCCCACAUUGGUGGCUCCAUUAAACGAUUCAAAGCAAAUAUUCGUGGACAGUCCCAUUCCUACCCAUUUGAGAAACGUCACCAGCAGCGUUCCACUGGACAUAGACCUCUUGCAAAGCCAGGCAGCAAUGUACGCACUCGUCGAUCCAUCAGGAAGCGGUGCACUUUACAGCGUCGGGCUUAAUUCCGAUCCUUCACAGGCCGGGAUACUGUCCACCUUGAUCUGCAGCUGGAAAACAUCGCCGAAGCUUGUGCAAGUCCAGACUAUAGAAUACGUUGCGCGCACACUCGGCUCCAGCGAUUAUCCCAAAUAUCCUUCUUCUACGGGACGCGCGACAUUGAAGACACUGCAGGGCAUGGCAGAAGUUGCCCGCCUUGGAACAUCGUUGCAAAAGUCUGCAACGUACGCAACCACACCGAAUCUGAUAAUGCCGUUCGGUGUCUAUUAUAACAUAAACAACAGCAUUUCCGAACCAUCUCAAAUCCUCGAAACGAUCUUAGCGGACGGCGGGAAGGCCAGCAUGACGGUAUACAAUGUUCACUUCAGCACACACCCCCAGGAGCUCGAUGAAAAAUGUGGCAGCAAGAAUCGAACUAUAGCAGAGCACUGGAGAUUCCACAAUUCACGAAACCUUGGCUGGGUCGCAACAAUAUGGACAACCGCCAUUGGGAUUUAUGCCAUCGUGGCUGCUAUAUGGAUGAAAGGCCGUAGAAGGAUGCAAAAAGUAAGCAUAUUAGACGCACCUGGUGCGUUUUCUUUGGGAAGGGACUACGAAGUGGGGGACACCGAUGUCCUACGCGUGCAAAAUGGGAGGGUCGUAGUCCAGGAGUACAAAUCCACGUAA